GUAAUUUGAUCUGCUAAUCACCGCUUCUGCCCGACAGCAUUAAGUAAGUGUGUGCAUCGACCAUUAUUUGUAUAGUAUCGAGAACACAGGGCUACGCAUGCAAUAGGAGCCACUAAAACCCCAGGCCCAACCCAGUAUCAACAAAAGAGGGGAGAGAGUGCGCAAGAGAGAGAGGUCAGCAAACCCGCAAUUAAAAAAAAGUAGACACGUACGAGAGUUGCACGGGCGGCGUAGAUCGACGAAAGAAGAGACGCAGCAGACACCGCAGCAACCAUGUCAUCCGGCGACUUUGGCAAUCCGCUCAGGAAGUUCAAGUUGGUUUUCCUCGGCGAGCAGAGUGUGGGGAAGACGUCGUUGAUUACACGCUUCAUGUAUGACAGCUUCGACAACACCUACCAGGCAACCAUCGGUAUUGAUUUUCUAUCCAAGACCAUGUACCUUGAGGAUCGGACAGUGCGCCUCCAGCUGUGGGACACGGCGGGCCAGGAGCGCUUCCGUUCGCUGAUACCCUCCUACAUUCGCGACUCCACGGUGGCUGUGGUCGUCUACGACAUCACCAAUACGAACUCAUUCCACCAGACGUCCAAGUGGAUAGAUGACGUUCGCACAGAGCGCGGCAGUGAUGUCAUCAUCAUGUUGGUCGGCAAUAAGACGGAUCUGUCCGACAAGCGACAAGUCUCCACCGAGGAGGGGGAGCGCAAGGCGAAAGAGCUGAAUGUGAUGUUCAUCGAGACCAGCGCCAAAGCCGGUUACAAUGUGAAACAACUGUUCAGACGCGUGGCGGCGGCGCUGCCCGGUAUGGACUCCACUGAGAACAAACCCUCCGAGGACAUGCAAGAGGUUGUGCUUAAGGACUCGCCCAACGAGACAAAAGAUCCCGAAGGCGGUUGUGCAUGCUAGAACUAGUUCUAGACAACCAACGUCACACCCAACCAACCCAACCCCCAUCCUCCGCUACGACAACAACAGCAGCAGCAGCAGCAUAGCAUUUCCACACACACGCUGGCAACGGGUGUGGUGAGUGUGCGUGUACACACAGGUGUAGCGUGUAUGUGGCUGGAUCAGCGGAUCAGCAGUAGACAGAGGAUGCGAAACCUCCGGCAAACAAACAUCUAUACACACAUACACAAUUUUAUGUUUAAGUUUAUUUAUAAAGUAAAAAAUGAUAGCAAAAAGCAGAAAAUAGACUAAACAAACAAACAACAAUUAACGAAAUCGGCUAACUAAUUAAUGUUAAUUAUCUAAUGCAAUGCAAUUUAAAUGAGCUAAUCCUGAGGCAGGCCAAGAUGCAUAAAGCAUGAGGCAUAGAGAUCGUAGAAACGAGAGAUCAGGGAUCAAGAGAACAGUUUCCAUUCUCACAUUCACAUUCACCCGUUCCCCUGCAAAAGUCCCCAUAAAUACAGACGACAAGAAGAUGCAGAUGCCGUAGAAGAUCACACGCUUUUAUGUACUUAAAUCAGGCCAAGCGGUAGACGAAGAUCAGAACAGAUCCCCCAACAACAUUCCAUUUGGCAUCUCCACACAAAAAGCAUGCGAGCAUAGGCAGUAAAGUACAUAGAUACCACUGAGAGCCAGCCUGUGUUCAAAAUGAUUCCACGGCUAAGCAAAUAGUUUUUCCAUUUAUAGCCCCGUUCUGUUUCUGUUUGCGGCUUUGUUUUGCCCAUUUUUACUUGGUUGGUUUUUGUUUAUAGCUCGGCAACUGUAAAACAACUGGAAACUUUUGAUGGCAUAGGACUUGGCCACGUGCAUCUUAUGAAUAAAUAUAUAAAUAUAAAUAUAUAUUAUGUAUUUUUAUGACAAAAAUAAUGAAACAGACAGACAGGCGGGCAGGCAGGCAGCACCGAGCACUGAGGCAGAUGGCAACGUAAACAUUUAAAAAUAUUAUUAACGAUUUUUGCUUCGAUUAGCGAGAGAAAUUUGUGCAUUUUUUACGCGAAAAGCAUAUGGCUUACAAAAUUGAUAAUAUAAUUGAAUAAAAGAAACCAACCUAAAACA